GUCUAUAUCUACUGUGUACAUUCACUCAGAACCAACACACUCGCUUCACCCUCAGCAGUCGAACAAAGAAAACGUGUGUGUCUUCAGAGGAAAUUAUCUGAUCGACCAAAGAAAUCUUACUUCUACAACCUAUCCUGCGUCUCACGUGCUCGUUGUCAGUAUCAUCCACCACCAUGGAGAGAAGAGACAGCCAACCCAGCUGGGCGGACAUCAUGGAAAUGGAGGACAUUUCCUUUGAUGAGGAAAAUAAAAAAUUAAAGGCUGAGCUUCAAGAGGCCAAAGACGAGAUCAGACGCAAAGAAAACAAAAUCAGCUCUCUUCAGCGCAACCUCUCUGCUCUAGAGGAAAAUUACUACACAGCUAUCAAGAAAGAGCGUGAGAAGGCAGAGCAUGAACUGAAAAAGAAAGAAGAGGAGAUCUUCUAUGUAAGAAAGAGGCUCCACGCUCAGAGCAAAGAAACAGAGAGGGUGAGAGCAUCUCUUGAUGAAUGGAAAAAGUCCACCAAACUGAACAGUGUGGAAGAAAAGUGGCAGAGGAAAGUCAGCCAGCUUGAGGAACUCCUCCUACAGAAAGAUAAGCUGGUCAGGCAGGCUGAUAACAAAAGAAGAGCCCGUGCUAAGGCUCACAUUGAUACCUUGGCCCAGCUGGGUGUCACAGAGUCAGCUUUGAAACAGAGCAGACAGACCUGUGAGGCUUUGGAGCAGAAGAUCCAAAGUCAGUUGGCUGAAAGGAACGUGAGCCACCAGAAGAAGCUGUUAGAGCAAGAGAAGGGCUUCAAGAAAGAGCUUGAAGAAAAACCUGGAAGAAAAGUGGCAGAGGAAAGUCAGCCAGCUUGA